UUAAGGUUGUCUAAGCUUUGUGAAACUUGUUAAGGUCUUCUUCUUUUCCUGUCUCUAUCUCUCUACCCUCUUACUCUUUCUGAGUCACCAUGGAAACUCAAGCUUCUGCUGAAGAUUCAUACGAUAAACUUGUGGAAGAGAAAAGAGCAAGAGAGAAAGAAAUCGACGCAUGGCUUCCGAUAACAUCAUCAAGGAACGCCAAGUGGUGGUACUCUGCGUUUCACAAUGUCACAGCUAUGGUUGGUGCUGGUGUUCUUAGCCUCCCUUAUGCCAUGGCUCAGCUUGGCUGGGGACCGGGUGUGGUAAUUCUAAUUUUGUCAUGGAUCAUAACACUAUACACACUAUGGCAAAUGGUGGAGAUGCACGAGAUGGUACCAGGAAAACGUUUCGACCGUUACCACGAGCUUGGACAACACGCGUUUGGAGAGAAGCUUGGACUCUACAUAGUCGUUCCGCAACAGCUGAUCGUUGAAGUUGGCGUUUGCAUCGUUUAUAUGGUCACAGGAGGAAAGUCUCUGAAGAAGUUUCAUGAACUCGUGUGUGAAAACUGUAAAUCGAUUAAACUCACUUAUUUCAUCAUGAUAUUUGCAUCCGUACACUUCGUCCUGUCUCAUCUCCCUAACUUCAACUCCAUCUCUGGCGUCUCUCUUGCUGCCGCUGUGAUGUCUCUCAGCUACUCCACAAUAGCAUGGUCAGCCUCAGUUGCUAAAGGCGUUAAAGAAAACGUUGAGUACGGUUACAAAGCAAAAUCAACAGCAGGAACAGUAUUCAACUUCUUCAGCGCGUUAGGAGAAGUAGCGUUUGCUUACGCAGGACACAACGUUGUCCUAGAAAUCCAAGCCACGAUCCCAUCAACACCAGAAAAGCCAUCAAAAGGACCAAUGUGGAAAGGAGUCGUCGUUGCUUACAUUGUCGUCGCGCUUUGUUACUUCCCCGUGGCACUUGUUGGUUACUGGAUGUUUGGUAACUCUGUUGAUGACAACAUUCUUGAAACGCUCGAGAAACCGGCUUGGUUAAUCGCAAUGGCCAACAUGUUUGUUGUGAUUCAUGUCAUUGGUAGCUACCAGAUAUAUGCAAUGCCGGUUUUCGAUAUGAUGGAGACUGUUUUGGUUAAGAAGAUGAAUUUUAGACCGAGUUGGUAUCUCCGGUUCGUUGUCCGUAAUUUCUACGUUGCCGCAACAAUGUUUGUUGGUAUGACGUUUCCGUUUUUCGGCGGUCUAUUGGCGUUUUUUGGUGGAUUUGCGUUUGCUCCGACAACAUAUUUCCUUCCUUGUGUAAUGUGGCUUGCAAUAUACAAACCAAAGAGAUACAGCUUGUCUUGGUGGACCAACUGGAUAUGCAUUGUAUUUGGCGUUUGCUUGAUGGUUCUUUCGCCAAUUGGAGGGCUAAGGACGAUCAUUAUUCAAGCUAAGGAGUACAAGUUUUACUCGUAAACUACAAUAUAAUGAAAAUUUGAAUCACGUAUAUUGUCUCUUAUGUGUAGUCUUUGAAGCUUUAAAGUUUGUUUACAAAGUUUAAAUUACAUGUUUGAUUUGAAUUCUCACAAUGUUUGAUUUUUUUGAGUUGUUUAUAUGCUUUGAAAAAGUUCCAAACACAAACAUUCUCAAUACCUUUUAACAUUAAACUUAUGACCUGAGCAGCUCAAUAAUAUUGGAAAACAUCAAAAACUUCAGUUUCAGAUCCACACAAGAGAUGAUUCAACGCUAAAUAUUGAAUGGUUUAAACUCUCAACACUAACAAAUGUAAAGAUAGAAUCUUACAUACACAACGGUCUUGCCUUCUUUUCUUUUCUUCUUACCAUACACUAAGAACUCUUCUCCUCAUGGAGUUUAAAGCGUUUACUGUUCUACAUAAUCACACACCACACUGGCUUGAAAAAGAUCUGGACCUCUUCUUAAAAGGCUAACACCUUCAUUUUUCUUUUUGCGUCUCUGUGUACACUCAUUCUUAAGACCCUGAGUCAUAGGCUGGACUAGCCCUGGCUAUUGUUUUUUAUACAUGCAUAUAUUAUCUAUAUACACUCCUUUUCCUUUUCAAUCGAUUUCACCUUCUUCCACGUCGGUGGCUAGCUUUGGAACACAAGCAGGAGCCUCGGGUUCCUCUUCAUCAUCAUCUUGUUUCAUGUACAGUCCGAGUUGCUCAAGAGGGUUGAUUCCUCUGAAGUUGAAACUUCCAAGGGCGUCUAAAGACUUCUCGGGGCUGAUUUCAUCAGCUGAGUUAGUUAAUUGCUCUGGAACACUCGAACUCAG